AGACCUGUGAAGCAAAUCCUCAGCCAGAAGAAGAAGUCCCUGCCCGUCAACGUGAAAUGGCUCUUUUGCGGCUGUGUCUGCUGCUGCUGCACCCUCGGCUGUUCUCUCUGGCCCGUCAUCUGCCUAAGCAAACGCACACAACUCACUUUAGACAAGCUGUUCGAAUGGGAGAACAAUCAUUUAUAUCAUAAGCUGGGCCUGCACUGGCGACUGCAUAAGCAACAAUGUGAUUCCAAUUCCAUGAUGGAGUAUGUUAUUUUAAUUGAAUUUAUACCCAAAACGCCUAUAUAUCGGCCCGACUAAAUAAUGGGAUGAAGCCUGUGAAACGGGCUGAAGGGUACGGGCACGGUAACGCGGGGUCGUAAUGGGAAUUGUAAAAUAAACACUAGCUGCUAACACUUUGCUUUAGGCGUUUACCGAACACACUAACCCAUAGUCUAUACAUGCAGGCAAACUACACAAUGAGCAUUAACCUGUUUAUUGUACUCACAGAUUGUCUUUUUAAGCUAAUACUAUUUAAUAUUUAGUUUAUUAAAACAAAUUUUCCGAAAAAUCGUAGCCAGUAAGAUUGAUUGAUUUCUCGUAAUUGUAAUUGUAGGGCGCUUUAAUUUCCCUAAUUUCGUUUAGUUUUAAAUCCUAAUUUGUUUUUUAAACUAAUGCAAUAUUAAAUAAUUUUCUUGUUAGGAA